CACGUGUAUCAUUGGAUGAAGGUGAUAAGUAAGAGCCGAGGUGGUGCAGUGGUUAGAGUGCUGUGUUGUAGGCCAAUUCUGCUGCCUGUUGGCUGGCUGCAAUUUGGCAGAUCGGAUCUGACCAGGCUCAAGGUUGGCUCAGCCUUCCAUCCUUCCGAGAACAACUUGAAGACACAAUCAAGAAAAAUGGAGUCUAAACAACCCCCACCUACAGAACCACCUCCGGAGUAUCAAGGCCCAAGUUUUCCAGGCCAAGGAUAUGCUGUCCCAGGUUAUCCAGGAACCCAGGUCCAAGUUGGAAUUCCUCAGAAUGCAUCUGGAUUGCAUCAAUAUGUAUCGCCAUCCACUUUGCCAAUUCAACCUCAUGCAUUGUCUUAUGGAGCUCUCCAAGCUGCCAAUGUGCCUAGUACAGCUGAACCUGUGGUUUGGAUGCCAGCCCCACCAGUUCCUCCCAAAUGCCCACCUGGAUUAGAAUAUUUAAGCGAGAUGGAUCAAGUAAUAGUUGACCAGCAGCUUGAGCUCAUGGAAAUGAUAAGUGGCUAUGAGACUUGUAAUAAAUAUGAAAUAAAAAAUUCCAUGGGGCAAUGGGUAUACUUUGCAGCUGAAGAAAAUGAUGAGUAUAAUAUGUACCGUUAUGGGCCUUUCAGAUCAUUUACCAUAAAGCUCUUUGAUAGUGCAAACCAACCCGUCAUACAAUUGUCAAGAGAGUUCCAUUGUACUUGUGGCUGUCCUUGUAUUUGCUGCCUACAAAAGCUGGAAGUUCAAGCACCACUAGGCACAGUUAUUGGAUAUGUUAAGCAGAAGUGCUACAUCUGCCGACCCAAAUUUGUUAUCCAGAAUGAGGCCGGAGAAAACAUUUUGAAAUUGCAUGGACCUAAUUUAUCAUGCCAUGGUUAUAGGGAUUUUCAUUUUGAGGUGAAAUCUUUCAAUCAAAACUCAUCAAUUGGAAAAAUCACCAGGAAAUGGAAAGGAUUAGCAGCAGAAGCUGCAACAGAUGCCAGCAACUUCUUAAUCCAAUUCCCAAUGGAUCUUGAGAUUAAAACGAAAACCCUUUUGCUUGGAGCUUGCUUCCUACUGGAUUUCCUGUUUUUUGAACGAAGUGUAACGACGCGCCGCAACCAGACAUAAUCAGAUGUCUACCAUUUUUCCUGACUUCAGAAAAAAAUGUAUACUGCUGCUUUUGUUUCUUACUAAGCAAUUAAUCUUGCUUAUAUGACAUUUUCAUGAAAAAGAGAUUGCUGAAAAAUCUGAUUAUGGGCACAAUACCCUCAUAUUAUGCAAGCAACCAGAUUGUGGACUCUUAUGAAGCAAGAAGUGUUACUCUAGAAUGGUCUUUCAUAGCCAUGGCAACUUUAAGAUGUGUGCAUUUCAACUCCCAGAAUUCCCCUGCCAGCAUGCUAGCUGAGGAAUUCUAGGAGUUGAAGUGUAUGCCCCUUAAAGUUGCUAAGGCUGGGAAACACUGCUCUAGAAUAUAUAACAUAUUAGCAAGACUCUUUUACAACUGCUCAUGGUACUUCUAGAGAGACUCUAAUGAUAUUCCCAGAUAAAAAAUCAUACAGCUAACUAGAACGUAUGGAAAGAACAGUUUCCUUUUCUUUGGUGCCUUGAUGGAUAUCAACAUUUGAAAGAGUGGGAGAUGGAAAUGGGAAAAAGGAGAAAGGGAGAUGGAGAGGAUUGUAUUUUAUAUCUGUCAAAAAAUAAAGUAAGUGUAAAAAAUCAUUUUGGUUAAGUAUAAUUCAAGUAAAAACCUGAAUAAUAAUAAUAAUAAUAAUAAUAAUAAUAAUAAUAAUAAUAAUAAUAAUAAUAAUAAUAAUAAUAAUAAUAAUAAUAAUAAUGAGCAACGGAACAUUGAACAAAGAAACAGAAGGCCUAAUUCUUGCGGCCCAAGAACAAGCCAUUAGAACAAAUGUAAUCAAAGCCAGAGUAGAAAAAUCUGCUGACUAUCCCAAAUGCAGACUCUGCAAAGAAGCAGAUGAAACCAUUGAUCACAUACUGAGCUGUUGUAAGACAGUAGCUCAGACCGACUACAAACAACGUCACAACACAGUCGCUCAGAUGGUCCACUGGAACUGUGUCACAACUACCAUCUGCCUGUAGCAAAGAACUGGUGGGAUCAUAAGCCUGAAAAAGUGAUUGAAAAUGAGCAUGCAAAAGUAUGUGGGAUUUCCGAAUACAGACUGAUAAAGUUUUGGAACACAAUACCCCAGAUAUCACGAUUGUGGAAAAGAAAAAAGUGUGGAUAGUCAACAUUGCUAUACCUGGUGACAGCAGAAUUGAUGAGAAACAACUUGAAAAAGUCACCAGAUAACAAGAUUUGAGAAUCAAAUUGCAGAGACUCUGGCAUAAACCAG